ACGCGGCGAGGAGCUUGGAGAGCAUCGAUCUGGGGACGCUCAGGGAUCCGGCAGGGAUAUUUGAAUUGGUACAAGUCGUUGGAAAUGGGACGUAUGGACAAGUUUAUAAGGGUCGCCAUGUGAAGACCGGGCAGCUAGCGGCAAUCAAGGUUAUGAAUGUUACCGAGGACGAGGAAGAAGAAAUCAAACUUGAAAUAAAUAUGUUGAAGAAGUAUUCUCAUCACAGGAAUAUUGCAACGUAUUAUGGAGCGUUUGUCAAGCAAAGUCCUGCAGGUCAGGACGACCAGCUGUGGCUGGUUAUGGAGUAUUGCGGAGCUGGGUCCGUAACUGAUUUGGUGAAGAAGACGAAAGGAAAUUGUCUCAAGGAAGACUGGAUUGCAUAUAUAUGCAGAGAAGUUCUCAGGGGCUUAGCACACUUACAUAUUCAUCAUGUUAUCCACCGAGAUAUUAAAGGACAGAAUGUGCUCCUAACAGAAAAUGCUGAAGUAAAACUAGUGGAUUUUGGUGUGAGUGCUCAGCUGGACAGGACCAUCGGGAGGAGGAACACGUUCAUCGGGACUCCCUACUGGAUGGCGCCGGAAGUCAUUGCUUGCGAUGAAAACCCAGAGUCAACGUACGAUUACAGAAGUGACUUGUGGUCUCUGGGAAUCACAGCUAUAGAGAUGGCUGAAGGAGCACCCCCUUUGUGCGACAUGCAUCCCAUGAGGGCUCUUUUUCUCAUUCCACGGAACCCUCCUCCCAAACUGAAAUCCAGGAAAUGGUCAAAGAAAUUUCUUAACUUCGUCGACAGUUGUCUGGUUAAGAAUUACAUGCAUCGCCCAGCCACAGAAACCUUGCUCAAACACUCCUUUAUCAGAGACAUGCAGAAUGAGCGGCAAGUGCGCAUCUUGCUAAAGGACCACCUGGAUAGGACGAGGAAGAAAAAGGGGGAGAAAGAUGAAACUGAAUAUGAAUACAGUGGAAGUGAGGAAGAAGGGGAUGAGCUGAAUGAAGAUGAAGGAGAACCAAGCUCCAUAGUCAAUCUCCCUGGGGAAUCCACCCUCCGCCGAGAAUUCCUGCGGCUUCAACAGGAGAACAAAAACCGUUUGGAUCCUCAGCGACAGCAACAGAUUCAGCAGCAGCAGCUGAAGGACCAGGAAAAGUACAAAAAGCAGCUCCUGGAAGAGAGGCCGAAACGAAUCGUGGAGCAAAAACUGCAGAGGAAAAAGUUGGAGGAUCACCAGAAGAGAGAAGAGCUCCGGAAGCAUCAUGGCCUUGAAAGACAAUGUCCAGAGAUCAAGCUAGUUCCAAGCAAAGCCGAGAAGGAUAAAGACUGCAGGAGAAGUACUGAGGAUGAUCAGUGCAAAGUGGAGGGAGCAAAGAAAUGGGAGAGUCAGCAGAAAGCAAUUGAAGAGCCACAUCAUGGCAAGAAGCUUCACCGAACUCUUCCCAAAGAUCAAACACAAUUGCUGUCUCUCCAACAUGACCACAAACAGAAGAAUAAAGAUCCUCCCAAGAUACUGAGCCCACCUGCCCGUCUUCCGUCAAACAGCGCAUGCAAAGAGACCGAGAGCAAGAAGAGCGAAAGCAUCCAAACGGAUCUCAACUGGGCAGCCAUUCUGGGACAUGAAGCCACCUCUCACGGUAGACUGGGGUCGGGCAGUAGCUCCAGCCCUUGCACACCAGCUUUGCAAAGAGCAGGACUAGCUCAGAAUGAAAAUCUACGGGCCAGUCGAGAGAUGUGCAGUUCACUUUCAGAUGUGGCCACAACACCUCUCAGCUUGAGUCAGGAUGAUGUGUUCUGGAAUGUUUGUCAUCUUGAAGAGCAACCUCCAAAGGUUCCAGAAAGAACAAUCUCAAAAUUUUAUGGCAGGGGUCACUUUGGCCAUCAGAGUUAUCCUUCAAGCACGCAGCAGUCAUCCCUGGGGGGACAUGCAGUGAAAAUAAACAGCAACUGCAGCAGCUCCAGUAGCAACAGGCAACGAGAAUCAGCAUCUCAUCAGAGCAACCAGUCUGCUUCAGGAUCAUCUGUCCACCACCAGUCCUAUAAGAAGCCUGAGCACGCAUCUCAUCUCUGCCGUAUUUCAAGCCCGCCCUUCUUGGCCAAGGGAAAAGACAGUGCCAGCUUGCUCCUGAAAUCAGCAGAAUAUUCAUCCUCCAGUGACGAAGUGUGCAGUAGUGAUGAAGAGGAUGACAGCCGUGACUGUAGUCACGUGAGGCAACCACUCAGCAAUGGAGUGACCAGCUUCCCAAGGGCGAGGGUUCCAGAUGGGAUCGAACUGAAGCCCCAGAGCACCGCAACUGAACAGAAGGACCAUGUUCCGGGAAAACCUAGCGGCAGUAGUAUUCACGAAGGGUUCUGGAGCGUGAGCAACCAAAAUUAUCUUCUCCCGGAUCUCUUGCAGCAAAGCCAAAUUUCGGACUGUUCAGCAAACCAGCUAAAGUUUGCCCAGAAUAGUCAAGGACUUCAGAACAAGUCUGUUCCUAAGAAGGUACCAAGCGUUGAAAACACCUCCUCGAAAAAUAGCUCCUCCUCUGUUUCAUCAUUUACUUCAUUCAUAGACCCUAGGCUUCUACAAAUCUCCCCUCCCUCCAGUCCGACGGGAUCAAACUGUACUUCCCCAUCCAGUGCCAAACCAGAACCCACCAGUAGGCAAAAUGCAAGGAAAGGUUCUGUCGUCAAUGUGAAUCCCACCAAUAUUCGACCACAGAGUGACAGCCCAGAAAUCCGCAAAUACAAAAAGAAGUUCAAUUCAGAGAUUUUGUGUUCUGCGUUGUGGGGGGUAAAUCUUCUUGUGGGGACCGAGAACGGGCUGUGGCUUCUGGACCGCAGCGGACAAGGAAGGGUUUACUCGCUGAUAACCAGGAGGCGGUUUCAGCAGAUGGAUGUGCUUGAAGGACUCAAUGUGCUAAUUACCAUCUCAGGCAAAAAGAAUAAGCUACGGGUGUAUUAUUUAUCCUGGUUGCGGAACAAGAUUUUGCGGAAUGAUCCUGAGGUGGAGAAGCGGCAGGGCUGGGUGCCAGUGGGCGAUCUGGAAGGCUGUGUACACUACAAAGUUGUGAAAUAUGAGAGGAUCAAAUUUCUUGUGAUUGCUGUGAAAAAUUCAGUUGAGGUCUAUGCCUGGGCUCCCAAACCAUAUCAUAAAUUUAUGGCCUUUAAGUCCUUCACGUCGCUUCAUCAAAAGCCCCUGUUGGUCGACUUGACAGUAGAGAAUGGGCAGAGGUUAAAAGUAAUUUAUGGCUCAUCGAUUGGAUUUCAUGCUAUUGAUGUGGACUCUGGCUCAGUGUAUGACCUGUACCUGCCAACACAUAUUCAGGGGAAUCUACAUCCACAUGCCAUUAUCAUACUCCCUAACACCAGUGGAAUGGAACUUCUGCUCACCUAUGAAGAUGAAGGAGUCUACAUAAACAUCUAUGGACGUUUCUCAAAGGAAAAUGUUUUGCAAUGGGGAGAAAUGCCUGCAUCUGUAGCGUAUCUUCAGUCCAACCAAGUAAUGGGUUGGGGAGAGAAAGCUAUCGAACUGCGCUCUGUGGAGACAGGAAGCCUGGAAGGAAUGUUUUUGCACAAGAAGGCACAGAAGCUGAAAUUUCUGUGUGAAAGGAAUGAUAAGGUAUUCUUCGCAUCUGUACAAUCUGGAGGCAGCAGUCAAAUUUAUUUUAUGACACUUGGUCAGAACCUACUAUUCAAUUGGUAAAGUUCUCACUUGAUACAACCUAGGUUACAGAAGUUUGCACAUU